AUGAGCCUUUUAGAUGAUUAUACAUUCGACUUUGUGCAAGGAACCGAGCUCCAUACCGAAGGUAAUUGGUCGGUAUAUACUACACAAUUUUCCAAAUUGCCUCAGUAUGCUUAUUAUAACCCUUUGGUUCCAUCCUCAGUUGUAGAGGCUGAAGAGCAUCUGCUGGAUCUCAUCGAGGAAGAAGGGGGGUUUGAUGGAGUAUUGGGCUAUUCGGGAGGAGCAGCGUUUGCAGCUCAGGCGAUUAUUCGACACAGUCAGCGAGAAUCAAGCCAGCCGUUAUUUCGAUUUGCAGUCUUCAUCAAUGGAGGAACACCCAUCAAGGCCUUUUCCUUGAGUAAAGAAAAGAUCAUGGAGGACGGCCCAGAGACUACGGCCCUAAACAGAGAACUGCAGGCAACCUACUUGCGACCCUCCAACAUGCGAGUGCGCAAGGGAGAUAGCAGGGAAGCAGCUGAGAGAGCCAUCGAAUCUCGGAAGAAGGAAAUCAAGGCAGUGCGGACGGGUAUGCUGGCUGAUGGAAGACAUUUUCUGACAGAAGACGGAGAGCUUGCCUUGACGAGAUAUGAUGGCGCAAAGGAUGGUGCGCUUAUUGACAUUCCAACGUUGCACGUUCGCUGUUUGGGAGAGACUGACGCCGACUUGGGACUCAAUCUGCUCAGCCUCUGCAAUCCGGACUUGAUUCAAGAGCACCAUCAUCCAUUUGGACACGACUUCCCAAGAGGACAAGCCGAGAUGCGAAAAAUUGCAGAGAAGAUUAUCGAGUUGGCAGAAUCGGCGUAG